UAGAAUCUUGAUUUUUUUUUUUCCAUGAAGGCAGGAGUCUUUGUUUUCUGUCUACUCCCGUAUCCCCAGCACCUGCGGAUUGAGUGUCAGCUGUUACCCUCUAGAGAGGGUUUCCUUGACCAGGAUCUGUAGCUAGCCUUGACGUUCUGCCUGUGCCCUAGCUUCCUGAUGUUGUGGCUGUCUUUCUCCCAGGUUGGCAGCCUGUCUUAAGUGCCCCUGAUAUGACCAUGUCUGUCUGUUCUUUUUCCUCAGAUGCGUACUCUCAUUCCUCAAGUGAAAACGGAGGCAAGUCCGAGUCGGUGGCCAACCUGCAGGCUCAGCCCUCCCUGAACUCCAUCCACAGUUCCCCCGGGCCAAAGCGCUCCACCAACACGCUGAAGAAGUGGCUGACGAGUCCCGUGCGCCGGCUCAACAGCGGGAAAGCAGACGGAAACAUCAAGAAGCAGAAGAAAGUACGAGAUGGUCGGAAGAGCUUUGACCUGGGAUCUCCCAAGCCUGGGGAUGAGACAACCCCUCAGGGAGACAGCGCUGAUGAGAAGAGCAAGAAGGGUUGGGGUGAAGAUGAGCCAGAUGAAGAGUCACACACACCCCUCCCUCCGCCUAUGAAGAUCUUUGACAACGACCCUGCGCAGGACGAGAUGAGUCUGGAAGGAGGCUCCUACCGGGGAAGCCUGAAAGACGCCACAGGCUGCCUGAAUGAGGGCAUGACCCCACCCACACCUCCUAGAAACCUGGAAGAAGAGCAGAAAGCCAAGGCCCUGAGAGGCAGGAUGUUUGUCCUGAAUGAACUGGUACAGACAGAGAAAGACUAUGUCAAGGACCUGGGGACUGUGGUGGAGGGCUUCAUGAAGAGAAUAGAAGAAAAGGGUGUCCCUGAGGACAUGCGAGGAAAGGAUAAAAUUGUGUUUGGAAAUAUUCACCAGAUUUACGAUUGGCAUAAGGAUGUUUUCCUGGGUGAACUGGAAAAAUGUAUCCAGGAGCAAGACAGAUUGGCACAGCUCUUUAUUAAAUAUGAGCGGAAGCUGCACAUCUACGUGUGGUACUGCCAGAAUAAGCCGCGCUCCGAGUACAUCGUCGCUGAGUACGACGCCUACUUUGAAGAAGUGAAACAGGAGAUAAAUCAAAGACUGACACUUAGCGACUUUCUUAUCAAGCCCAUUCAGAGAAUAACAAAGUAUCAGCUGCUCCUCAAGGACUUCCUGAGAUACAGCGAGAAGGCUGGUUUGGAGUGUUCUGAUAUCGAGAAAGCAGUGGAGUUAAUGUGCCUUGUUCCGAAACGCUGCAAUGACAUGAUGAAUCUGGGACGCCUGCAGGGCUUUGAGGGCACCCUGACCGCUCAGGGAAAGCUGCUGCAGCAGGAUACGUUCUACGUGAUCGAGCUGGAUGCCAGCAUGCAGUCACGGACCAAAGAGAGGCGCGUGUUCCUCUUUGAGCAAAUUGUCAUCUUCAGUGAACUGCUCAGGAAGGGGUCUCUCACCCCAGGCUACAUGUUCAAAAGGAGCAUCAAGAUGAAUUACUUGGUCCUGGAGGAGAACGUGGACAACGACCCCUGCAAGUUUGCACUCAUGAACAGGGAGACUUCGGAGAGGGUCAUCCUACAAGCCGCCAAUGCUGACAUCCAGCAGGCCUGGGUGCAGGACAUCAAUCAAGUCUUAGAAACACAGCGAGACUUCUUAAAUGCCUUGCAGUCACCCAUUGAGUAUCAGCGGAAAGAAAGGAGUACAGCUGCCAUGAGGUCCCAGCCUGCUAGGGUCCCCCAAGCCAGCCCCAGGCCCUACUCCUCCAUCCCCGUGGGCUCUGAGAAGCCCCCAAAGGGCUCCAGUUAUAACCCACCUCUGCCACCCCUGAAGAUAUCUACCUCCAAUGGCAGUCCGGGGUUUGACUACCACCAGGCUGGGGACAAGUUUGAGGCCAGCAAGAGCGACCUGGGAGGCUGCAAUGGGGCCUCACCCAUGGCCGUGAUCAAAGAUUACUAUGCGCUGAAGGAGAAUGAAAUCUGUGUUAGCCAAGGUGAGGUGGUCCAGGUCCUCGCCGUCAACCAGCAGAACAUGUGCCUGGUGUACCAGCCCGCCAGCGACCACUCCCCUGCCGCCGAGGGCUGGGUCCCGGGCAGCAUCCUGGCACCCCUCACCAAAGCCGCGGCAGCCGCAGAGAAUAGCGACGGAAGCAUCAAGAAGUCAUGUUCAUGGCAUACUCUACGCAUGAGAAAGCGGGCGGAAGUGGAGAACACGGGUAAAAAUGAAGCCGCAGGGCCUCGUAAACCCAAGGAUGUUCUGGGCAGCAAAGUCUCUGUUAAAGAGACGAACAGUUCCGAGGAGUCAGAGUGUGAUGAUCUUGACCCUAAUACUAGCAUGGAGAUCUUAAAUCCAAAUUUCAUCCAAGAAGUGGCACCAGAAUUCCUUGUGCCCUUAGUGGAUGUGACCUGCUUGCUUGGGGAUACAGUGACACUGCAGUGCAAAGUCUGCGGGCGGCCAAAGCCCACCAUCACCUGGAAGGGUCCAGACCAAAACAUCCUGGACACUGACAACAGCUCAGCUACAUACACCGUCUCCUCCUGUGAUUCUGGGGAAAUCACUCUGAAAAUCUGCAAUCUGAUGCCCCAAGACAGCGGAAUUUACACCUGCAUAGCAGCAAAUGACCAUGGUACCACGUCAACCUCUGCUACGGUUAAAGUGCAAGGUGUUCCCGCCGCCCCUAACCGCCCCAUUGCCCAGGAGAGGAGCUGCACCUCCGUGAUUCUCCGCUGGCUGCCUCCCUCCAGCACAGGAAACUGCACUAUUUCUGGUUACACAGUGGAGUACAGAGAGGAAGGUUCCCAGGCCUGGCAGCAGUCGGUAGCCUCAACCUUGGACACUUACCUUGUCAUCGAGGACCUCAGUCCUGGGAGUCCUUAUCAGUUCAGAGUCAGUGCCAGUAACCCCUGGGGCAUCAGCCUCCCCAGCGAGCCCUCGGAGUUUGUGCGGCUUCCAGAGUACGAUGCUGCUGCCGAUGGUGCCACCAUUUCUUGGAAGGAAAAUUUUGAUUCAGCUUAUACUGAGCUGAAUGAAAUUGGAAGAGGCCGGUUCUCCAUUGUAAAGAAGUGCAUUCACAAAGCUACUCGCAAAGAUGUCGCUGUGAAAUUUGUUAGCAAAAAAAUGAAGAAAAAAGAGCAAGCUGCCCACGAGGCGGCGCUACUUCAGCACCUGCAGCAUCCCCAAUACAUCACUCUCCAUGACACCUAUGAGUCCCCCACUUCCUACAUCCUGAUUUUGGAACUGUAA